AAAAAACGCUGCGUUUCCAAAAACUAAUACGUCGUCGUGUAGUUGGAAUAUCUUUUUGUCGGCCUUGUGAUAGUUUGAUGCCCACCUUCUUCUUCCACUGCUCGCUUUUAAGUUUCUCGAAAUUUCUUGGCGAAAAAUCCAGAUUUUGUGUUUAGCCGACGAGAAUUGGGAAAAAUGUCGUGUACGCAUGAUCACAACUGCGAAGAUCAUGAGUGUUCUUCCGAUUGGUCUCUCUACAAACACAUUGAUCUCUCCAAGGUUUCAGCUCUGAAUGAAUCUGUUUCGGGAAGUGCAAAAUCAGUCUUCAAAGCGUGGGAACAGCGAUUACACUCUUCUGGGGAGCAUUUGGAGAGCAAUGAGGGAGACCCUGAAUUGCUUGUUUUUGUACCAUUUACAUCAGACGUCAAGAUCAAGAGCAUAUCAAUUGUUGGUGGCCCUGAAGGAACAAGUCCUUCUAAGUUGAGAGUGUUUAUCAAUCGUGAAGGGAUUGACUUCUCCGAUGCUGAGAGUAUGCAAGCCGUUCAGGAAUGGGAGUUAGCUGAAAAUUUGCAAGGAGUCUUAGAAUACCAGACCAGGUAUUCAAAGUUCCAGAGUGUUGGAAACAUCACCCUGCAUUUCCCUGAGAGUUUUGGAGGUGACACAACCCAAAUACGUUAUAUCGGGUUCAAAGGUGAAGCAACCCAGUUGAAAAGAGAUGUUGUUGCGACAAUCGUAUAUGAGAUUAGACCAAAUCCUUCAGAUCACAAGUAAACCUGAAUCUCAACCAAAUUACUCUUUCUUUCGUAUGUGAAUAUCCUUCAGUUACAAACUCUGUUUGUUUGGUAGGACAAAAGCCGAGACUGGUGGUGGUUUUUCACAAGUUGAAUGAAGACAUCAUCUUCUCCUUAGCCUUCUCACAUACUCCUCUUUUCUCCUUAGCCUAUAUUAACAAAAAUAUAUGUAUCCAAUAAAGUGACAGACUUGUUUGUGGAAACGUUUCUAUGCUUAAACCCACAUGAUAUCUUU